AUGGUUUUAGCUGAUUUAGGGGAAAGGCUUAGAGGGGCCCUCUCUUCCGUUGAGAAGGGUUCCGAUGAUGAAAUUCAGCAAAUGAUCAAAGACAUUUGCUCUGCUUUGUUAGAGUCCGAUAUCAAUGUUAAACUUGUCGCCAAAUUGAGAGGCAAUAUACGAGACAAGAUCGAAGAGGAGAAUGUAUUAAAAGAAACUUCGUCUCAAAAUAGGAGAAAGAAGUUGCAAAAGAUUAUCUACGAUGAAUUGUGUGCAUUAGUCGACUCUCAUGCCGAGCCACCAAAGCCAAAAAAACUUUCAGCAACAACUAAAACUAUCAAUGGGAAGAAAGUCAGGGUCUCAAAAGAAUCAAGUCAUGUGAUUAUGUUUGUGGGGUUACAAGGUGCAGGUAAGACAACUUCCUGUACUAAGCUAGCUGUUUAUUACAAAAAGAGAGGUUUCAAGGUGGGGUUAGUAUGUGCCGAUACAUUUAGAGCAGGUGCUUUUGAUCAAUUAAAGCAAAAUGCUAUAAAGGCAAACAUACCCUAUUAUGGAUCCUACUUGGAGCCCGAUCCAGUCAAAAUUGCAUCCGAGGGUGUACAAAAGUUUAAACAAGAGAAGUUUGACAUCAUCAUUGUAGAUACUUCGGGAAGACAUAGACAAGAGGAACAAUUGUUUACCGAAAUGGUGCAAAUCGGUGAGGCUGUUCACCCCAACCAGACUAUUAUGGUAAUGGAUGGAUCUAUCGGUCAAGCAGCUGAAUCACAAGCUCGUGCAUUCAAGGAAAGUUCUGAUUUUGGCUCUAUAAUCUUGACGAAAAUGGAUGGGCAUGCCAAAGGUGGUGGUGCAAUUUCGGCAGUGGCGGCCACAAAAACGCCGAUUGUGUUCAUCGGAACAGGUGAACAUAUUGGCGAUUUCGAAGUAUUCAAACCAACAACGUUCAUAUCCAAGCUAUUGGGUAUUGGUGAUAUUCAAUCACUUAUUGAACAUGUGCAAUCAUUAAAUUUACAUCAAGAUGAAGGACACAAACAGACAAUUGAGAAUAUCAAGGAAGGAAAAUUCACUUUAAAGGAUUUUCAAAACCAGAUGAACAAUUUCAUGAAGAUGGGACCUCUUACAAACAUUGCAUCAAUGAUUCCAGGAAUGUCAGGGCUCAUGUCACAAGUGGGUGAGGAGGAAACAUCCAACAAAAUCAGAAAUAUGAUCUUCAUCAUGGACUCAAUGACGACAAAAGAGUUGGAAAGUGAUGGUAGGAUAUUCAUCAAAGAGCCAAGCAGAAUUGUGAGGAUAGCAAGAGGUUCAGGGUGUAGCGUGGUUGAGGUAGAAAUGAUUUUACAACAACACCGAAUGAUGUCGUCGAUGGCAAAGUCUGCAGUAGCAGCGCAAGCUCAAGGCGGACAACCCGGUGGUCCAUUUUCAGGAAACCCUCAGAUGCAGAGAAUGAUGCAAAGCGCUCAAUCCAAUCCAAAUUUCAUGCAACAAGCAAUGAGUAUGCUAGGUGGUGGAGGCGCAGGGGGUGGUCCAGGUGGAUUGGCUGGGAUGAUGAAUAAUCCAGCAAUGAUGCAACAAGCACAACAAAUGAUGAGAAGUAAUCCACAAAUGAUGCAACAAGCACAAGAGAUGAUGAAAAAUCCACAAAUGAUGCAAAGAAUGAUGCAACAAUUUGGUGGUAUGGGUGGAAUGUAA